AUGAUUCAAAACCCUUUUCUUGGCGGCAACAAUGGUGGAGGAGAAAAUCUCCCUCAACAAAAUGACUCAAACUCUCAGUUUGAAAACUCCAAUAACAGGCCAAGAAACCCUGAAGUCAACAUCAACCUUCCAAGGUCAACACCUUUGCUCUCAGCUGUUCAAAGAUCCAACCCUCCAACCCUCCCUGUGAAUAGAGGAACCACCCACAUAUUCUACAAGACUCGAAUGUGCCAAAAGUUUCUUGAAGGGAACUGUCGUAAUGGGGAUAGUUGUACUUUUGCUCAUGGAUCUAAUGAUUUGCGUGAGCCCCCGCCAAAUUGGCAAGAACUUGUGAAGGAUAAUAGAGGAGGUGGGAAUUGGAAUGAGGAUCAGAAGAUCAUCCAUCGGAUGCGGAUUUGUAGGAAGUUUUAUAACACGGGCGAAUGCCCGUAUGGAGAAAAGUGUAAUUUUCUCCAUGAAAGUCCUUCCAAGUUCAAGGCUGAAGCAGCCGUGGACAUGGGAAGAACCAGACAGAGUUCUGUGAUCAACAUUCAGACUGUGGUGGACCAUCCUCAAACUGAGGCCGUUCAUCUUUUGCAUGGUAAUGUGGAUGCUGUUCAAGUUGGUACUAUGAACUCUGAUCAUCCAGAUGCUUUACGACCUUCCAUGAAGGCUACAUAUUGGAAAACUCGAAUCUGCAGCAAAUGGGAAGCCACUGGCCAAUGCGUAUUUGGAGAUAAAUGUCACUUUGCUCAUGGGCUUGCAGAGCUAAACACACCAGUUGGACGUGUGGAGGGUGAUGGUCAACCUUAUGCUGGCUUUUCUGUUGCACCCAAGCCGUUCACCGGUCCCAUCGUUGAAGCAGUGGCUACUAAUUCAGCAACCACCGUUCCUGUACCACAAGGUGAAGUUAGGGAGAUUGCAAAGUGGAAACUAGCACAUAAGAAGCUGAACCGCAUUUACGCAGAUUGGAUUGAUGAUGAUGAAGAUGAGCAGGUGUCGUCAAGCAAAGCUGAUUAA